GUGUGUGUGUUCGUGUGUGAGAAAGAGGCACCUCCAGCGCACAGAACCCACAUAUGUCAAAACUGAGCUCAUCGUUUUGAGGAGAACAUCCCAUAGACGUCUCUGAAAGUCUGCUGACUGAACGCGCCUGUUCCUAAAACUACACUAAGACCAAUCAGCGCCGAGGGAGGCGCAACUUUGCUUGAAAAACAGUUUGUUUGACAGAUCGAACUCAUUUCCGCCCAGCGACAGAUCUCAGAGCACUGAAAGACACCUGACGACUGUUAAACGUUGCACAAUGAAGAUCCUCAUCCAGCAUUUGAUUAUUCUCAUAUUUAUGUCCAAAAAAGCUGGGGCUGAUGAAGUCAUCAUUGCUGUGGAAGGAGAGGACGUUACACUUAGAAUCUCCAAACCAAGCUCUGAUGGAUAUAUGUACUGGUUCAAAGACAGCACUAGGAUCGCUUCGACAAACAGCUUAGGAGGAAAGUUUGUGGAAGAAUCACCCUUGAAAGGGAAGCUAAGUGUGGGUGAUAAUUUUCUGCUCAUAAAAAGCAUCGGAGCAAAUGACUUUGGACAGUUCAAGUGUCAGAUUAAGUCCAGCAGUCCACAACAAUGGCUUAUAGUGUUCAACGUCAUCAAACUUAAAGUGGGUAGGAAUCCAACUGGCCCUUUGCUCCCAGGGACGGAUACAACCCUGACCUGUGAGGUGGAAACUCCCAGAGGUUUAGCUCAGAUCAAAACAAAAUUGAAAACUCCUGACGGAAAGGACUUUUCUAAAGCGACGAAUGUUAUCCAAGCCACAAGUCAAUACAGUGGACAGUGGACCUGUGUUGCAAACGAUAAAAAAGAGGUCUCCAUUUCUGUCCCAGUUAUGGACUUCACCCCAGCUCUCCCAUAUCACUAUACAUCUGAAAACUCCCCCCUCUUGGUGCCGUUCUCCUUCUCUUCUGGCAUCCAGCUGGAUGACAUCAAAAACGUUACCCAAAAGAUCGAGUGGUUCUUCACACCAAAAACAUCCUCAGUCGCAAAGAAACUCUUCUCCCUGUCGAUGACGAAACCGUUCAAGCCGGAAGUGGACCACGGAAGAAACCUGAAACUCUCAGACGUCACCAAAGGAAAUUUUUCUUUGUGUAGAAAUCAGGGACAAAAAACCGAUGCGGGGAACUACACGUGCACCAUAACAUUUAGAAAUGGCAAGACUCUGAACGCCUCAAGACAAUUUGAAGUAUUAGAAAUUAUCCCUUCCCCGGGAGCUCAGUUAACCUCCGGCCAACAGCUCAAACUCUCCUGCACCACUGGCGAACCUCUGCCCCCUGAUAUGCAGCUGAAGUGGGUCCUUCCCAAAACAAGCCCCCAGCUGCUAACUGACCAACAUUCAGCAAAUCUCACUUUUCCAGAAGUGAGAACCGCCGAUAGCGGAAAUUGGAGAUGUGAGCUGUGGUGGAACAACAUAAGUCUGGUGUCGGCUGUCAUAACGCUACAGAUUGAACCCAUUCUGAACACAUGGCAGCUCGUGGUCGUGUGCAUCGCAGGAGUCAUCUUACUCGUCCUCCUUGUUCUCAUCGUCAUCCGCUGCAGACGUCAUAAGCAGAGGCGUCUCAGGCAUCAAUUCUGCAGAUGCAAAAACCCCCAACCCAAAGGAUUCUACAGGACAUAAAAAUGAUGAGAGACAUCUGCGAUUGAACAGCUGAUCUAUAGUCAUUUGUGUUGAAUAUAUCUGUUUGAGAGGAGAUGAAAAACUCACAAUCAUCGAUCCAAAAACAGCUAUAUGAAGCCGCUGUACAUAUGAACCCACGUGGAAUGAUUUUACUUUGCAAGACGUUGUUUAUAAAAUGGAUGUAAAUAAAAUAAAAUAUAGGAUGAUAUGCAACUCAUCUGAAUUGGAAAUGGUGCCAAAACUCCAUAAAUAUUUAAUUGUGUAUGUGACUAGAAAGUUGUUAGGAGAGAAAAUCACAUUCUUGUAUAAUACAGAAGAAAAAUUGGAAAUAUGAUCAAGCUUCAAUUAAGCUUCAAAAUUUGAUUUUUAGUUGGUUUAUUUCUUUGAUGACUUCUGAUUAUUGUUUUGUAUUUUUAUAAAAUAUUGUUUUAAUGCUUUUAAUAUUGAUGAGCUGAUAAAACAUCCUUUUUCGCUCCUUUAUUAUAUAGUUUUGUAUGUACUGAAAUGUACUUUAUUGUAAUUUAUCGAAGGCUUUACUCUCUCAAAUACUCUCAUGGUAUCUCUACAGGUUUUAGCAAACAUUUCCACAUGCAAUAUUGUUUUUUGCACAUGUUUAAAACGUAAAAAACGAAGCAGAAAUUCUUGUGUCGCUGAGAAGAUCGUUGUUUUGAACAAAUGCAUGCUGAAACAAACAUUUAA